AAGAGACAUCUUAAACUAUCCAGAAUACAUUUCAGAAGGAAAAGAAACAACAGAAAGAAAGAAAGAAAGAAAAAUGACUUUGAAGAUCAUCUGACAUUACAGUCUUUUGAAGGGGAGAUUCAGGUGUAUAAAACAGAUCGGGGAUCUGCAACUGGUUGCUCAACAUGAUAUAUAUCUUCUGGCUCCUACUAAGCUCAGCCCCUCUGGCUGAACUGGUAGCAGAUAAACCCAAGAGGUCAGCUCUGAACCAGCUCACCAGGACCCUCCUGCGUAAAUACGACUGUGGAGUGAGACCUGUUCAGAACUGGACCAGACCCACGCUCAUCCACAUAGACCUCAUACUGCAGUCGGUCCUUGAUGUGGAUGGAAAGACCCAGCAAGUAACCACAAGCAUUUGGUACAGGCAGAUCUGGACCGAUGAGUUCCUGGUGUGGGACCCCGAGGAGUUUGACGGGAUCACUGAGAUCUCCCUGUCCUCUGACGCUAUAUGGGUGCCCGAUCUCAUCAUCAGUGAAUUUGUGGAUGUAGGGGAGUCCCCUGCCAUCCCCUAUGUGUAUGUCAACUCGUCGGGGAUGGUGAAGAACAACAAACCCAUUCAGGUGGUGUCUGCAUGUGACCUGGAGCUGUACGCCUUCCCCUUCGAUAAGCAGAACUGCACUCUGACCUUCCGCAGCUGGCUUCACUCAGUGAGUGAGGUGAACCUGACUCUGUGGAGGAGUGCGGAGGAGAUCGCCAAUGAUCAGAAGUCGUUUAUGGACGAUGGCGAGUGGGAGCUGUUGUCUGUGCCCUCCCGCUACUGGCAGCUUCGCCUGGACAACAGAGACUAUGCCCACAUCCAGUUCAAUGUGUUGAUCCGCCGGCGCCCCCUGCUGUACGUGGUGAGUCUGCUCAUUCCCAGCAUCUUCCUCAUGCUGGUGGACAUCAUCAGCUUCUACCUGCCGCCCAACAGUGGCACGCGCAUCACCUUUAAGACCAGCAUCCUCCUAGGCUAUACUGUUUUCAGAGUCAACCUGAUGAACGAGAUGCCUGCCACCACCAUCAGAACACCACUCAUAGGUGCGUUCUUUGCGGUGUGCAUGGCGCUGCUGGUGCUGAAUCUAUCCAUCUCCAUCUUCGUGGUGAAGCUCCUCCACCACAACGAGAAGGAGGUCAAGGAGAUGUCAGUGUCCGCCUGCCUCCUCGACAAGUACGGCUCGUCCAGCCAGACCUUCCUCGAGAGCAACUUCACCUCUGUCAAAACACUGGUUGACGUGGAUCAGUGUGGGGGCUAUGAGUUUGACCUGGCUCCAGAGGAGGACCUGCUGUCCCUGAGCGAGCCCCAGGAGAGUGCUCCACGGCUGGAGAGGCUGCUCCAGGAGGUGGUGGCCCUGCGGCUCUACCUGCAGGAGGGGGAGAGUGACGAUUCUGCCCAGGCUGACUGGGUGGCCCUGUGCUGCAAGGUGGACCUCCUCCUGUUCCGAGUCUACCUGCUUAUCCUGGUCGUCUACACCAGCACUCUGCUGCUACUGUGGGCCAGCUGGAGCUCUGCAUGAGGAGUGAAGAGGAAUUGUUGUUCAAAUGUUAUUGGCAUGAGGAGAAAAAGGUUUUAUUUUGCUGUAAUCAAAUGUUAAGUCUGUUAAGGGUUAUUGAUGUGGGCGACGCAAUCCCUUUUCUCUCUCUUUCUUUUGAUACUGUAGCUAGAAGCUAUUGAGUGAACACUGUAUCCCCAUGUACAAUUGGAAGAUGGUCCCCGUAAAUCAAUAUGGGCUGAUUAACAUAUUCCUUCUGAUGUGUUUCUUCAACUGAAGAUCUUCAUAAAAAUAUAUCUUACUCCUAUUCUCCGGGCACAUUCCGUAACAUCAAUGUGAUGUUAUUCUACAUUAACUUGAAUCACCAUGCUCCCCUGAAACUUGUACCAAAUCAAUAAAGCACAUUCAAAGCCUAGCUUAGGCAACUGAAUUCCCUGUUGGCUCACUGAUAGUCAUAAAAAAGAUACAUGAGCUACUCAUAAAACCUUUGGCUGGGAACAAUCUUUGUAAAUAUAAUUUUCACUUGAACAGCAGACAUUCUUUGAGCAGAUCACAUUACAACCGGUUGUAUGGCCACCUCUGACUUGAGGAGAGAAAUGAAUACUGGUUAUUGUUCGCUGUAAUGUUAUGUUGUACAUUCAUAUUUGUGAUGUAACUUCUUAUUCCCCAUCAUAUCAAGCAAGUCGUGUUGCACGUUUUUUUAACAUCAACUGUGGCUCUUGGUUUGAUUGUGUAUCCUGUUUUUAGCUAGUGUUAUACAGGGAUAUAGAUGUUGUGGAAUCUUAUCAAAGCCUCCAGCCAGUACAGUGAGUAAAAGGUUAUAUCCACGAAAAUGGCUGAUUUGCUCUUAAUACACCUGUAUGCUUCUAACAUAGCCUGCAUUGUUAA